AUGACCGAUGCAUUGCCACUUAAAGCCUUACACAAGGCAACCACCAAUAAGGAACCAAUAAUAUUCUUUAAAGAAACCGAAGCAGGUGAAAAAGAACAAACUGAUUCUAUCAAAGAAGCAACUGAUGUUCAAUUUGGAAAUGAGAAAACUGUAACAUUCAAACUAGAUUCAAUUACGAAAUUCUAUAAUGAAGAUAAGCCACAAGACUUACGAUCAGUUGUAUUCUGUUGGUUGCAUGAUAAAUCCUCAAUUGUUGAUUAUAAAAAUGAAUGUUCUGAAUUGGGUAUUGCUGAUUUUAAAUUCUUAGUAAAGACAGAAUUGACAACUUGGCUUAAUGGGAAUUCAGAUUCUUGUACUUUUAAUAAAGAAGAAGAUACUUCUAAGAAAGCAUUGGAUUCAAAAGUUGUUUCUGAAAUAGCUGGAGCUGAUACAACUUCUAAAAAACAUAAAUUAGAAGAUCCUCAAAUGGAAAGAAUAAAGAAAUUUGAACGAGAUUCAAUAGAUCAUAAUGCUGCAUUAAGAGGAACUAAGAAUAUAGAUUUUGGAUAUUUGAUUUCAGAUGCAAAGAAGUUCUUACAUCAAUUAAAACGUGCCAAAACCUCCAGUCAAAAUUAUGCAAAAAAUUCAACUGGUACUACUACUACCAAGAAACAACCAAUUAUUAUUGUAUCUCCAGCCACUACUGCGUUAUUAUCAUUAUCCAACAUCAAGGAAUUCCUUGAAGAAGGCAGAUUCAAAGAGCCAAUUCCAAGUAAUAGACCAUCAGAAGGAUUGGUCACCAUAAGACAUCCUUCAGAUACUUUAGUCUCUGCAGCACAGCAAAUCAUGGUGGUUGAUAAUGUUGAUAUGUUUUCAAAACCAGAUUAUUGGGAUCGAGUAAUUGCGAUUUUUACAACUGGUCAAGCUUGGCAAUUUUCGAAAUAUAAAUAUUCUCAACCUGAUAGAUUAUUUCAAAAAUAUGCUGGGUUUUAUUUUGGAUAUCUGGGAGAUCCAUCUCCUCAACAAAUCAAAAGUUGGAAUGUUAAUGAGAUUAAAGUUGAUAGAGGUGAUAAGAGAUUUAGGGAUAAGAUGAUUGUAAGAGACUUUUGGGCUGAAAUUGAUAAAAUUCUUAUAAACAAAGGAUAUGGUAAGCCAUAUUAA